UUUUAGCCAUAAUUUAUUUUGAAUUUGAGGUUAAGAUCGCAAGUUAGAUUUAGAAGUGUUUGUACAUUGCAGUAAUUCUUUUACAUUUUGUUAAAAUUUUCCUUAAAAUGACUUCUAACAAGUCAGAAGAAAGUAGUUCUAAGAAAGCUGCUAUAGAUGAAUUAAUACAAGGAGUUGAAAAUACUACAAUUAAUGAGUCAGAAAGUCAAAAAUCAGUUGACAUUAAAGAUGAUGUACAUAGUUUUGACCACAGUGUGAAAAAGUUACUUAAAGAAAACGAUCACACAGGACAAGCAAAUUCAGAGUCAAAUGAGGAUGAUACAGAUAUAGUAGAUGAUGAAAUGGAAGAAAAUGAAAGUGAUAACUUAGUAGAUGAAGAGUUUCUUAGAAAUUUAGAAGUAACAUUAACUCCUGAAGAACUUGAAAAUAGGCAUAAAGAAUCUUUAAAUCUUAAGGAGAAAGGGAAUCAGCAAUUUAAAUCGGAGUUUUUUAUAGAAUCAGUUGAGACAUAUACAAAAGCUCUCCAAAUAUGCCCUUUAAACUUUAAAUAUGACAGAUCAAUAUUUUAUUGUAAUAGAGCAGCUUCAAAAAUUAAAUUGAAUAAAGUAAAAAGUGCUAUUGGAGAUUGUUCUAAGGCAAUUGAACUUAAUUCUGAUUAUGUACGGGCUUACAUGCGAAGAGCAAAAUUGUAUGAAGAUAGUGACAAAUUGGAUGAAGCCUUAGCAGAUUAUAAAAAAGUUUUGGAACUUGAUUCUGGUAACAAAGAAGCAAUAGGAGCAUCUGUUCGAUUGCCACCUUUAAUAAAUGAAAGAAAUGAGAAAAUGAAAGCAGAAAUGUUUGGUAAAUUAAAAGAUUUGGGUAAUAUGAUUUUAAGGCCAUUUGGGUUAUCAACUGACAAUUUUCAAGUUCAACAAGAUCCAAGUUCAGGAGGAUAUUCAAUUAAUUUUCAGCAAUCAAGACCUAAAUAAAAUGCAAUUAACUAUUAUGCUUUAAUGUUAAUAUACUUAGAAAAAUAAGCAUUGUAUAUUAUUUUCACAGUGAUUAAUUCUAUUUGUUUUUAAUAAACUUUUCUUAUUUAUUAUAAA